AUGGCGGCUUCAUCUCUCAAAAUUGAAGGAUUGCUAGGAAUGGUUACUCUACGUCUGAAAGAUUAUAAUUUCUUGAAAUGGCGGUAUAAGCUCGAAUCUAUCCUGGAAGAAGCAGUCACCUCAAAGGUUACUGCAUUAGAUAAGGAGUGGCUUCGGGCUAAUAAAGCAUUAUUGAGCUUUCUGAUUGCAACACUCUCGGACGACGCGAUUGAAUAUGUUAUCGGCAGUAAAACGGCUCAUGAUGCUUGGUUGAGCCUAUCUGAUCGUUAUGCCACCGUCUCUCGUGCUCGGAUCAAUCAUCUUAAGACUGAGUUAUAG